ACGAAAAGGCCGAGCAAUAAGAAAACAGAGAAAGUAGAGAGAGAAGACGGACUCGUUGCUGUGGCGCUACGAGAGAACCCGAUGGCCGGCGGCGGUGGGAGGGCUGGCGGUGGAGGAAGAGCAGGGGGGAAGGAGACCCAUUACCGAGGGGUGAGGAAGCGGCCUUGGGGGAGGUACGCUGCGGAGAUACGGGACCCGGGGAAGAAGAGCCGGGUCUGGCUCGGGACCUUUGACACGGCCGAGGAGGCCGCGCGGGCAUACGAUGCCGCCGCCCGGCAGUUUCGUGGAUCCAAGGCCAAGACCAACUUCCCCCACCCGGAGGCGUACACGAGGCCGGGCCCGGCCGGAGUCGUCGCGAUCGCGACCCCGGCGGCGGGUGGCGGCAGCCCCAGCAGCCAGAGCAGCACGGUGGAGUCCUCCAGCCGCGAGGUGCCGCCACUCGCGAUCCCUCUCCCGCCCUCGCUCGACUUCGAUCUCCUCCGCCGCCGCGUCGCGCGGUUCCCAUUCCAGCCCUACCCCGCGGUCGCCGCCCCAGCCAUGCCGGCAUCCCGCCCGUGCUGCCUCUUCGACACGAUCGUCGGAUCCGAGAAGGCGUCGGCGGCGGUGUCCAUGAACCGCCGCCGCUUUUGCCCGCCCAUGAUCAUCGCCGAUAUGCACGCUCCAACGGCCAGCGGCGUUUUGAGCGAUUCCGACUCCUCCUCCGUCGCCGACGUGCGCCUCAACCACCGCUUCCGUGGGCCGCACAAGAUGCUGACGCUCGAUUUAGAUCUCAACCUGCCCCCUCCACCCGAGAUCGCCUGAUGUGCUUUCCUUGUCGCUCCAUGCCUCAUCCCACGCCUAGCUAAAACAGUUCUCUGAUCGCCACUGUCGACGAUUAAGAAGAGGCCGUAGCAGUUUGUUUUUUACGUCUAUGUAUCCCUCGGAAGAUGAAAGCGGCGGUGUUGGAGAGAGAGAUUUGUACAAUAGUAAACCCUUAAUUUCUUGGUUUUUCCCU